AUGUCGGACAACUACGAUCACCCCCCAGCUUCUUCCUCUCUCCGCCGACCAGCUGCGAGUAACUCUGAACCGCCUCCACCCUCCGCCGACACACUUCCUGAUCGAGUACAACGACUCAUCGACGGGGCGGCCCUCAGACCGGCCUGGAGGAUUGAGAACGGGAGUGUCACGUACAACGGUGAACUUCCAAACACUUUCGACCGACCUUUCGACUUACUUACUCCUCUCGAGUUCUACCCAUCGCAACAAAAUUCCGAAACUACGCCACACGAUCCCAGUCCCUCCCGAAACCAGCUUGUCUAUCUUCGCAACCUGGUUCGAGCAGAUUCAGAACAAUCGCGCAACCCAGCUGCCACGAGACGGGCACUGGAAGCACUGAACCGAGAGAUCGAAGAACAGCGGAACGACCAAGCCGCGGAGUCGAACCGGUCACGAAACCGAACACAGACCCAGCAGGAAGGAUCCGAAACCACUGUCGAAACUCUUUUGCGACACCAAGAUUUUCAUUCCAGAAGACGCAGAGACUCUCCGCCAUCGCGGUCAACUUUGAGCCCCGCUUCUUCAGCUUCAGAUCGACGACUCCAACGUCAGUCGUCUCGACCCAAUUUUCAAGGACCUAGUAGUUCUCUGAGAAGAGAAUAUCUUCCCGCAAUGUCGCAGUCCCCUCGCAACGGGGCUGAAGGUGAAGAGGAUCGGUUGAAGCGUCGCAAGCUGGAUACCGACGACCAGCGCGAAGGCAUGGGAGGUUUCAACUAUGGACACUAUGGCCAGGUUGUACCUGGACCUUUGCAGAUGGAGAUCGCAAGCUGCGAUGGGGGUAUUUCUACUGUUCUUGGAGAGAAUUCUCACCCGGAGAAUAUCCUCAAGGACGACAUGGCGGAGUACUGCAGCCAGUUGAACCACUGCAACUUGAUCCUGCAGCACCGAGACGAGGCACCCUUCGCCUUGCAAAAGCUCGUAAUCAAAGCGCCCCGUCAUGGCUUUGAUUCGAGCACUCAAGAGGGUAUGGUCUUUGUCUCGAUGACAAAAGACGAGCUUCUGUCGCGCACCAACCGUUACCAGAUCUCCUAUCCGAACUCUCGUGUUCGUGAACUUCGUCGUUCGCGUCCCUCCCAAGAAUAUCUCAACCCUUCCCGAACUCCUUCACGCUUCCUUGCUCCGACGGUUGUGGUCAGCCCAGACUCGCGAACCAGUAGUGACAGUGCAAAUGCCCACUCGAACGUGCCUGACAUGCAGCCUGAGUUCCGGGUUACCGCGAACUAUCAAGUGUAUCAUAGAAAUACCAUUGAACCCGAAUUCCCGGAUGACGCCGCUAAUGCCCAACAAAGACUAGCUGAAGCAUGGAUUCUCGGUCAUGAAACCGAUGACAGCGCACAUGAUGAGGACGAAGAACUCAACGACGAUGACGAAGAUGAGGAUAGUGGUGCCGGCACUGGCCCCAGCGAGCGCGGAACGCACAGCCUCAAUCGUCGUCGCAACGAACUCCAGCGACGCAUUGGGACCAUUCGACGCACCUUGACUGGAUCGCAAUCUCCCCGUCACUCCGACUCGACCGAAAAUGCAACCCCGAGCCUUAUCAACCCCAUCCGGGCGCAGCCUAACGGAGAAAGCGAGGAGAACCCGAGUGGCGAGACUAAUCCAGUCUCAGAUCCCUUGAAGCCCCAUGCUCGUUUCACGAUCCGUCAAAACGAUGGCAUGGUGACCAUCAGGUUUGAGCCUGCGGUUUCUGGCCGCUUCAUCCUGAUCAAACUCUGGGGUCCCCGCCGCGAGGGCAGCGUGAACCUUGAAAGCAUCAUUGCGCAUGGAUACGCCGGGCCUCGCUUCCUUCCCUCCAACGACCUGCGCUAG